AUGAAUUCAUGGGUUGAGAAGAAGACUAAUGGAAUUAUUAAAGAGUUGUUGUCCCCUAUUCCCUCCGUCCGUAGCUUAACUAAACUUAUCUGUGCAAAUGCAAUUUACUUCAAAGGAGCAUGGCAUGAGGAGUUUGAUGCAUCAAGAACAAAGGAAUACAACUUCUAUCUUUUAAAUGAUACGAGUAGCUCGGUUAAGGUACCUUUUAUGACUAGCUACAAGAAGCAAUACAUCAAUGCUUGUAACGAUUUCAACGUCCUUCGUCUAGCUUAUAAACAAGGAGAAGACACGCGCCAAUUUUCCAUGUUUUUCUUUCUUCCUAAUGGAAAAAAUGGGCUUUCAAAGUUGGUAAAGAAAAUAUGUUCUAGACCUGGUUUUCUAGAUAAACACCUUAUAUUCCCAACUCCGAAAAGUAAAAGUGGGUGAUUUUGGAUACCUAAGUUCAAGAUUUCAAAUAAGUUUGAAGUUUCCAAAAUUUUAAAGGACUUGGGAGUUAAACUUCCCUUUAUGAAGGACAUUUCAAACAUUUUACAUAAAUCCUUUGUUGAAAUCAACGAGGAAGGUACGGAAGCUGCUGCUGUUACUGUUGCUAAAAAAAGUUAAGACUUUGUGGCGGAUCAUCCAUUCAUGUUCCUUUUAAGAGAAGAUGUAAGCGGAGUUGUGCUAUUUAUGGGGCAUGUUAUGAAUCCUCUUAUUGGGAGUUAA